CCCUGUUGCAGCUUCGACCAAGAUGGUCGAGUUUCUCCGCCAGGUGGAAGACCUUACCAAGGACCUCUUGUCGACGCCAUUGAACGACUGGCAGGAUGAACUCGAUGCCCUCCGUAAGGAGAUGCAGCCCAUCAAAACGGCCAUCGAACCGCCAGCGAGGCCUAGUGUUCCUCAUCAAACAGCUCACCAACGCGCCCGGCGGAGAGGUGGCACGCGACCGAGAGGUAGUAGUAUCUGUAGGCGAUCGCUCGCAAAUUGGCGCAUUCCGCCGCAUGACGCCGGCAGAACUCACCAAACGUGCGAACAGGCCCGAGCGAAGGCAGCGAGAUCAACCGAGGCCCUACCUCUCGCGUCCGUGAUGAUCCUCGCAUCGCGCCAGUUGAGAUCGGGUGAUCUCCGCUUCACUAUGCGCAAUGCGAAGGAGGCCGAGAUCAUGCGAAUGCGCCGUGAUAAGUGGCCGAAAGGCCUCUGCAAAACGGCAUUCGUACACAUGCCGAUGUGGGGAAUAAUCGUCCAUGAUGUUAACGUCCGGUCCCUCGGCAUUGAUAAGCCGUCAGUCGAGGAGCUCAAGACGGUACAGGAGAAGGUGAUCAAAGACCUACUAGCGAGCAAUGUUCAUAGCUGGGGAGAUGUAGAAAUCAGCAAGAUUAGCUGGCUACGCAUACCGGACAGGAAGUCAGACUCACUAGUUGUUGAGUUCACCUAUGAGCAAGCUCUGCCUGGCCCCAUCAGGCCCUGGGGUAUUGGUGCUGCAACCCCCUGUCCCAGCCAUAAUAUUACCCUAGGACUAUAG